AUGUCGGAAGACUUGAGCGUCUCACGGUCCCUCUCGCGCAACGCUGGCUCGGGCGCAUCGGGGCCAAGCCCGAGCAGUGAUAGCACGAGAUCGACUGGGUCGUCGCUAGGUAGAAAGAUUUCCAAUCUCCUUCCUUUGAGUCGCAAGUCCACGGCCCAAGAGCCACCGCGAACCAAGAAUGAAUAUGGUCUCAACACUGUGUACCAGCCGAAUGAAUCCAUCCCCGUUAUUGCGGACUUGGUGUUUGUGCAUGGCUUGGGGGGUGGUUCCAGCACGACUUGGUGCAUCAAAUCAAAUCCGGAGAGUUUCUGGCCCAAAGAAUGGCUUCCUAAGGAUCCAGAUUUUCACGGAGUCAGAGUUCACAGCUUUGGAUACAAUGCCAACUGGAAGAAACGGGUGAAUAAUCCUCUCGAUAUCCACGCCUUCGGGCAGUCUCUUGUCGAAGACCUUCUUAGCGACCCAAAAGUUAAAACGUCAGGCACAUCAAUUGUACUUAUAGGUCACAGCAUGGGUGGCUUAGUGAUAAAGAAGGCAUGUAUUUUGUCCAAAUCUAACCCAGAGUUUGCCUCAUUGGCCAAGCGGUUCCAUUCCUUCUACUUUUUGGGAACUCCGCACCGAGGCGCUGGAAUGGCAAAGACGCUCAACAAUCUUCUUCGACUCUCUGGAACGGGGCGUCGAGCCUAUAUAGCGGGCCUUGAGUCUCACUCAGAGAUCAUUCGUAGUCUGAAUGAUGGAUUUCGAGUGAACUAUGCCGGAAUUCAUUUGCAUACUUUUUACGAAUCUCAACCAACGCCUCCUCUCGGUCUUAUUGUGGACAUGGAGUCGGCGACACUAGGAUAUGCCGAGGAACGUUCCCAACUUUUAAACGCAAAUCACAAGAACCUCAUCAAAUUUGAGAACCCGGACGAUUCCAAUUACAGGUCCCUGAGGAACAGACUUGCGGCUACGAUCCAACAGAUUCGAGAUCAAUGUACGAAAAUCAAGUUUUAUCCACAAAGUCUAAGCCAAGGCGGCAAUAGAGCACUUGAAUCGCAGGCCGGUCGUGCAACUUGUCCGCCAGAACUUGGGACACAGUCACUCUCGUUGAAUCAAUCCGCAGUCCAACACGAGAAAAUGGAAAGAAUCUUCUCGUACUUGGCUGUAGAUCACUCCCCUGACGAGACGUUGUUAUCGUUGGAUGACACGAGGCUCAAAGGGUCCUGUUCCUGGCUUCUUGCAAAACGUUCGUUCCAGGAAUGGCUAAACUCUCCCUCAUCUUGUCAUUUCUAUCUUAAAGGCGCCCCAGCGUCUGGCAAGUCAACAAUGGCAAGUUUCAUCGUCAAAAAUCUUCAAGAAGAAUACAAUCCCGUGUGUUAUUAUUUCUUCAAAACGGGAGAACGGUUUACUCCAAACCUCAGCAGAUUUUUGCGUUCCAUGGCAUAUCAGAUGUGCAGGGCCAACCCAGCAAUUCGAGACGCCCUGUUCGAUCUUGCACAGAACGGCCCAGCAAUAGACAUCCGUAACCCAAAGUCUAUUUGGCAUAGUAUAUUUCUCAGUUGCAUAUUCCAGAAAAUGGCUGGACGAUGCUAUUUCUGGGUUCUUGAUGCUCUCGAUGAAGCGGCUGAGAAAGGCCACGCAGACGAUUACUUUCUACUGUUAUCGAAGAUCGACAAAAAGGUUCCUCUUAAGAUCUUUUUUACUGGUCGGCCAACAUUCGAACUAGACAAUCUCUUUUCGCACUUGCCGACCAUCACGGAGCUUAUGACCAUUGAUGAUUCUAUCGGCGACAUUAGACUUUACGUAGACACUUGGUCAGCAAAUCUCCCGGUUGCCGACGCUGGUCAACGCAAAAUUCUUAUUGACAACAUUGUGGACAUGUCUGGAGGCAGUUUUCUCUGGACGGUCCUGGUUGUAAAGAAGUUGCGGGAGGUCUUGACGGUUGAGGAGAUACACGAAGUCCUGAGAGAGAUACCACAGAAGAUGAACGAAUUAUACCAGCACAACAUUAAAAGUAUGGAGACGUCCAGAUCGAAGGCAACUGUCAAGCAUAUCAUCGUGUGGGCUAUUUGCGCCAUACAGCCUCUAACGGUGGAUCAAAUGAAGGAUGCUAUCAAACUAAGUCAGGGUAUUACGUUGGCUCGCAAUCUCCGGAUCAGCCUCCCGUAUCUUUGCGGCCAGUUCCUAGACGUCGACAAGCAGUCUCGCAUUCGCGUAGUUCACGAAACUGCGAGGGCAUUCCUAACUAAUCCAAGUCUUGAUUCCGAGUUCCGCAUUGAUUUCGCCGAAGGACACGAAAUCAUUGCAACCGCUUGUUUGAAUUAUCUUUUGGGGGAAGAGCUAAAAUACUCCAAGUGGAGAAGGAGCUCUACCACAAGUGAAACAGAUAGGAGUUCAAUGACUGACUAUGUAUGCCUUCGUUGGAGCGAGCAUAUCUUUAGAAGUUCAUCUUCUUCGGACCAUCUCUUUGAUCUGUUGGUGCGGUUCUUCCAGACGAACGUGUUGUCCUGGAUUGAAAGAGUCGCCCAUCUAGGAGAUUUGGACUGCUUGAAUCGGACUACGAAGCAUUUGUCGAGUUUUCUGGGGCGCAGGGCCAAGUAUGUCCCAAUGCUUCCGGGAGACUUAAAAGCAUGGGCUGUCGAUUUACCAAGGAUUGCGGCGCAGUUUGGUGACAAUCUGAUCAAAGAUCCCGAGGCUAUUCAUAGCCUCAUACCCCCCUUUUGUCCCCGCGAUUCGGCGAUAUACCGAAAUUUUGGUUAUGCUGAGGACGGAAUUAAGCUGGUAGGGGGUUGGAACUCAGGUUGGGAUGACAGGAUAUGCUCCAUCUCCUAUCAUGAAACCUACACCAGGGAUGUCUCUACUAGGGAUGACCGUUUUGCGGUUGGCCUGGCAGAUGGUUUGAUCAAGCUAUACCGAACCUCCACAUGCGAGGAGUAUUUGGCUUUGGAUCAUACGGAAUCGUUGUCAGUCCUAGAAUUCGGGUUUACAGCAAAGUUUGUGGUCUCAGCUGGGUUGCGGCAUGUUAAGCUCUGGGAGGUGGCGACAGGCAGGCAGGUUCUCAACGUUGAAGCCGAUUCGCAGACACUAGCCGUCGCGUUUGAUGAGUCUGACACAUUGUUAUUCGUGGCCUCAAGGGACAGAUGGCUUUCCGUAUACCAAAUCUCAAAUGGUCUUCAACUCCAAAGGCUGCAAUGGCGGGAUCAAUUCCUAGAGGCAAAAGAUUCUAGCUUUCCUCUCACCCCGACCGGCGUCAAGAUAUCGGUGGAGCUGCAGGUAAUAGCUGUUACAUAUCGCAGCAAACCUGUCCAACUCUGGUCGCUGGAUGACCAUCGACCCAUUGGGGCUUGUAUUAGACCCUCAACUCAUAAGCACACUAGUGCUGGGCAUCUUGUUCACUGUACUGCUUUCAACCCUAAUACAGCAAAUCCGGGCCUUGUUGUGGCUUACUGGGACGAACUCCUCGCUGUUUAUGAUAUCAAGACAUGCAAGACCCUGGCAUCCACGUCAGUUGGACUGGACAAAGUCGCCAUUUCCCCGAACGGAAAAACUCUUGCGGGCAGCGAUGGCGCAGGGGCCGUCAAGAUCCUCGAUUUUGAGACUCUCCAAUUUCUUUACAAAGUUCAGGUACAAGGUGACCCAGUAACUUCACUCGUUUUCACAAGUGAUAGCUUGAGGAUAAUUGACACUCGAAGCACGAACGCGAACGUCUGGGAGCCCUUGGCUCUCGUCGGGCAGGAUUCCGAUUCUCAGUCUAGCGAGCCUAGUGAGUCUGUACAUCACGUAGUGGAUGAAACAGGCGUAGCAACAGUGGACAACUCAGCGGCUAUUACAUCUCUUCACUAUUGUGAAGAAAGUGGCAUUGCAUUUUGUGGUCGGACUGAUGGGCGGGUUGAUACAUGUAAUCUGGACGACCCUCAAAAGACUAUGCGCAAUUUGUAUAGGCACAGAGGGGGAUUCACGAGUAUUACCUGUAUCGGCUUGGCACACAAUGCGAGAGUCACGGUCAGUGCCGACACAUCGGGAACGUUCAGGAUCAUGCAAAUUACCACCGGGGCACGGCGAGAAUGGAGCGCUAAGUUAGUCGUUGAGGGCCGUCUAGAGCAGGGGCAAAGCAUCGCCCAGGUUCUCGUUCACCCUGAUGGCUUGUACGUGCUUGUGUCUUCCUCUGGGUCGGACUCAGUAUGGUCUGUAGCAACAAAGAAACGGGUGGCUAUUAUCACAAAUCGCAGACGGACGACAUGGAAAUGGUUUAUCCGUCCUUCAACCCCGUCACAGCUGCUUCUUUUUGAAGACAAAGGCUUGAAACUCUUCAACUGGGCCGAUCUCUCCGAAUUGGCUACUGCAGAGGCUUCUCCUCCACUGGCUCACAUUGAAUGCGAUGAAGUGGGACACGCGGCUUACACGGAUGCCGAUGCCAUUUCCAUAUCCAGUGAUGGCGAAGAUCUGGUCUUCAUGCAAAAGAUGACUUUGAAACAGCAGGCUGUUCAGGUGAUGCCAUCAAACUCUUCUGCGGUGACGAAGAUUCACGUCUUUGACUUGUCUUCUCUCGUGUUUCAUCCUAUCCCAUCUGUUGAUUCACACACCCACUUCGAUAAAUCGAACCUGCUGCAGCACUCAUUCAGCACUUUGGGUCCGGGUUCCGUUUUACAGACAAACAAAUCUCCACAAUUGAAAAAUGCACUGCCCACACCUCCUUCAAAUUCGGGCCAACUUGUCACCCCAGCGUUGAAAACGCGUGGCAGCAGAGGACGUCGACCUUCGGUUAGAAACGUGGCCGAUGUCCCUGAUGUGGAGACUAUCAUCGGAACCGUUAAAAGGUUCAACUCCUGGUUCUUAGUGUUCAUCUCACGGGAAGGCUGGGUGUGCUCGGUGGAUCUUGACAGCGCAGGACGAAAUAUGCUUGAGACAUUCCAAAAGCAUUUUUUGAUCCCUUCUAUUUGGCGGACCGCGAAUCCACAUCUCAUUAGUAAGAUACGUCGCGGUCAGGAUAUCAUUUUUGUACACCAAGAUGGUGUUAUCGUGGUUAACAAUGGGCUGGAUAACGGCCAGCAUGUGCCUUUUACUUUGGUUACUUAA